AUGGCAUCGCUGCCCCAAGUAAUCAAUCCCGAGGCCGCGGCCAAUACAAAGCAGAGAAUCAAUGUCGAAAUAUCGAGGACUGACGGCGAUGUCAUUCUUCGCGAUGAUCCAGAGGCAAAAGCCGCGUUUCUGUCUACAUUUAGUGCAGAAGAGGAAAAAGCAAUUAUGCACAAGGUCAACAAGCGGUUUUUUGUCUUGAUUGGAUUGAUGUAUAUGAUCAAGCAGAUUGAUGUUAUCAAUGCUGCCAGCGUCAAGGUGCUGCAGGUUGGACAGCCGAGUAAUAUUCUCAAAGAGCUUCAUAUGACUGCCGACCAGUAUAAUUGGGUGCAAUCCAUAUACUAUAUUAGCUAUAUCAUCUUCGAAACCCCAAGCAAUCUGAUCCUCAAACGAAUGGGACCCCAUCUCUGGCAAUCGCGUAUUUUUUUCACUUGGGGUAUCAUAGUCGCUUGUCACGCCGCCAUACAGAACAAAGCAGCUUAUUAUACAGUACGAUUCCUACUUGGUAUGAUGGAAGCAGGCAUGUUCCCUGGAGUAGUUGCCCAAUUAGCGAGUUGGUACCGCACCGAGGAGAUGGGAAAACCGAUUACAUGGUUUUUCGCAAUCCAGAUGGCCGCGACGAUUGUUGGGUCUCUUUUGUGUUAUGGUAUUAGUUAUAUGGAUGGUAUCCGGGGACUGAGCGCAUGGCGAUGGGUCUACCUUCUUGAAGGCCUUGCUACUAUCCUCUUCUCCGCCGUCGUCUACUUCGUUCUACCAGACUAUCCCAAAUCCCCCAGCAGCGAUAAAUGGCUCACCAAGCGCGAGCAAGAAUUCAUCGAAACACGAUUACCCGAAAACGCGCCUCUGACAAGCGACCCAAUUUUCAGCAAAAAGGAAGUAAUUGCGUCUCUCAAGACACCCACUAUCUGGUCCUUUAUGCUAUCCCAGAUGUUGGUGAAUAUGGGUGGGUACGCGUUGACCUGGUAUCUGCCUACGAUUACGACCAAUCUCGGAUUUGCCUCGUUGCCUAGGAAUCAGCUUCUGAAUAUACCUCCUGCAGCAGCAGCAGUGAUUGGACUGAUUACUGCAAACUAUGUGAUUGGUCUUGCCCUGAUACCUCGGCCUGCAGUCAUUAUGAUCAUCAUGGCAGGAAUGGUGGUCUGUUUCGUCCUGUUUUUCACCAUCUCAAACCGCGUUGGAAUCUACAUCGCUUGUAUUUUGGGCACGAUGUUUUAUCAAUCAUAUUUCAUACCAUUUUGGGCCUGGCGAUCGUCGACCCUCAAAGGUUCAACGGGCGCCGCAUUCACACUCGGUUUGCAGAAUUGUGUCGGUCAAGUAGGCGGUGUCAUUGGACCACAGCUCUUUCAGUCCAAGUGGGCGUACAACGGGUACAAAAACAGCUUUGCCAUCGCAGCAGCGGCAAUUAUUGCUGCUUUUUUUGCGAAUAUUUUGACCUGGUGGCUUACCCGGAAUGUCGAGAUGGAUGUCGUUCGGAUCGCGAGGCUGAAACGACAGGCUCGUAAAGAAGGAAAGGUUUUUGCGGAUGAUGAUGUGCAGGUCUUUGAGCAGAGGAAGUAUAAGUCUGUUUUCAGACUGAGGAAAGGAUCGGAUGGAGACACAAGUAGCGGGUCGAGGGUUUGA